CAAACGCUGAGGUCCACAGGGAAUCGGCCUGUUGGAAAUGUAAUUUGCAUUUGUGUUUAGUCUUUUAGGUUCUCUUAAGAGCUGAAUUACCUUUGCUUUCUCUUUUAAUGGAAACCUCCACUCUAUGAGAAUGUCUUUCCUUUUGAAGGAUAGUGAAUCUGAUCAUUCAGUUUGUGUCAGGCCCAUGAAGAAAGCAAACACCUAGGCUCUGAUGGCUUUGCUGCUUAAACCCUCAAGCAGGGGAGGGAGUUAUGUAGACAACCGCACAGGCUUUGCCUCCGUCUGUGGAGCAGUAAGAGAUGCCUUCAGACUCCAGAGAGCCCACUCUCAUUCCCACUUUAAAGAGGAGAGGUGAGAGAAGUGACUUCAGCAGCCGUCAGGCCAUCUUGUGCUCUCCACUCUGGACGGAGACCUUCUGGAUCCCUGAAUCAUGCUGUGGCUUUAGACUUCAGUGUGAUGUAGCAGACCGGAAUCCUUUGCGGCACACCAGAUAUAGGAAACAUACAGUGGACGAGUACAUCGCCAUCGCAAAGGAGAAGCACGGCUACAAUGUCGAACAGGCACUUGGCAUGUUGUUCUGGCAUAAACAUGACAUCGAGAAGUCCCUUGCGGACCUCCCAAACUUCACUCCCUUUCCGGACGAGUGGACGGUGGAGGACAAAGUCCUGUUUGAGCAAGCCUUUAGCUUUCAUGGGAAGAGCUUCCACAGGAUCCAACAAAUGCUUCCAGAUAAGACAAUUGCAAGUCUUGUAAAGUAUUACUAUUCUUGGAAAAAAACUCGCUCAAGGACAAGUUUGAUGGAUCGCCAGGCCCGCAAACUAGCCAACAGACACAAUCAGGGUGACAGUGAUGAUGAUGUGGAAGAGACACACCCAAUGGAUGGGAACGACAGUGACUAUGACCCGAAAAAAGAAGCCAAAAAAGAGGGUAGCACUGAGCAGCCUCUCCAAACCAGCAAGGUUGGCCUCGGGAGGAGGGAGUACCAGAGUUUGCAGCACCGCCACCACUCCCAGCGAUCCAAGUGCCGCCCACCCAAGGGCAUGUAUUUAACCCAGGAGGACGUGGUGGCUGUCUCCUGCAGUCCCAACGCAGCCAACACCAUCCUCAGACAACUGGACAUGGAGCUGAUCUCUCUAAAGCGUCAGGUUCAGAAUGCUAAGCAAGUAAACAGUGCACUUAAGCAGAAAAUGGAAGGCGGAAUUGAAGAGUUCAAACCUCCCGAGUCAAAUCAGAAAAUUAAUGCCCGUUGGACCACAGAGGAGCAGCUUCUAGCAGUGCAAGGUGUCCGCAAAUAUGGUAAAGAUUUUCAAGCUAUUGCAGAUGUAAUUGGCAACAAGACUGUUGGCCAAGUGAAGAACUUCUUUGUAAACUACAGGCGCCGGUUUAACUUAGAGGAGGUAUUGCAGGAGUGGGAAGCGGAACAAGGAACCCAGGCUUCCGCUUUAGGGGAGGAGACAGAAAGUGCUUCUAAAGUGCCGUCAGGGAAGAGCACUGAUGAAGAAGAGGAGGCACAGACCCCACAGGCUCCUCGGACUCUGGGUCCAUCACCUCCUGCCCCAUCACCCACUCCAACACCCACAGUCCCCAUUGCCACUCUGAACCAGCCUCCACCACUUCUUCGUCCAACCCUGCCUGCCGCCCCUGCUCUUCACCGGCAACCUCCUCCACUCCAGCAGCAGGCUCGGUUCAUCCAGCCCCGGCCAGCUCUCAACCAGCCUCCGCCACCUCUCAUUCGCCCUGCUAACUCUAUGCCGCCCCGCCUAAACCCAAGACCAGUGCUGACCACAGUUGGUGGCCAGCAGCCACCUUCACUCAUUGGAAUACAGACAGAGUCACAGUCCUCACUGCGCUAGCGUACACUGGACAGAGUGGCCGUUAUUUCUCACCGUCAUUAGACUGCUCCACGAGGAAAGCGUCCUUCCUAGGUACCGAGGCUGCUAAGGAGUCCUGUGGCCAUGGAGUGGACGAGCAAGCGGAAGUGGGUGUGACACCACAGGGAGCCUCGCGUUGGCCUCCAAGUGUUCACCAGUGGGAUCUCAUGGGAGAAAAAGGAUUCUAUAUGGGGGUGGGGGGAUGUUUAUUUUUACUGUAUUUAUUUUGUUGAGGUUUCUUAUUUUCCUGCCUCUUCAUACUCAAAGCUGUUAGUACAAAAAUAUUGACUUAAGAAUUGUUAAAAACUCCUUAAGUUCCUUAAGGAUUUUUAGCUUUUUGCUUUUUUCUUUAAUUUAAAUUUUUUUUAAAAAAAAAACACUUUCCUAUGUUAGGAGUGUAAGAAUAAAUAGCCUGCAUUUCAGAUUUUGAUAUGUUCAUAUUUAAGAAAUUAUAGCUUCAUAGCCCUUUUUUCAAAAUAUGUUGCUUUUUUUCUAAAGGAAUUCUAAUAUAUUCCUUUAAAAGAAAGCAAUUAAAUCAAUUGCAAAGCAAUUAUAUGAAACCACAAAGAAUGUAUUGAACCUGCUAAUCCUUUAACAUAGUUUGGGGUCCUAGCGUAAAGUCCUUGUUUAAAGGUCAUUGACCCUGUUUAUCAGUAAUAGAGGUUUGGAAUCAUUUACUUGCAGAAAAAGGACUUAAAAUUUGGUGAGAGAUGAUGUUUUUAAGUUCUUCAAAACUGUUAAUUUUGAAAACAAAAGUUUCUAAAUGCUAUUUGCUUUUAGCUAGUAUCGGCCUGUGUUUGGAAUUUAGAAGAGAGCGUAUUUUGUCAGUUAUGUAGAGAUGGUGGUUAUGGAGGCCAUUCUUUACAGUUUAUCUUCUGAGCUUAAAGUUGCCCUCACACUCAUUAGCAGGGUCUUCCUUUAAUAUGAAGGGUGUUUUUUUUUUCCUUGAUAAAUCUCUAUUGUACAUUUGGAUGCAUUGGUGCAGUCCUUGCAGCCAACCUGUGCUUGUGGUUUGAUUUAUGGUUAAAUCUUCAGCACCCUUCACAAGAUGAAUUUGAGAGUCUGUGGCAUUGCAAUAAUUGUGCCGUUAACUAAAGUACUAAGACCGUUUUUAUGAAGAAACAGACUGAAAGUCUUUUUGUUCCAACAUGAAAUCAUUAGCACCUACAAAGAAUAUUUUGCAGUGUUAGCAUUUCAACAGUGUGUUACUGAUAGUUUUGAUACAAUGAUUUCUUAUUGGAAGCAUGGCUUGUUGCAGAGGGAUAGAUUGCUAGUGUCUGCAACAGACUGUCCACAUCAAAGAGGUCAUGUGUUCCUAAGUGUUGGGAAAAUAGUCCCUUUGUGUAAAGGCUCCCCCACCUUAAAGAGCCCUAGAUUUAAAUUCAUUGGUCAGUUUUAAUUUUCAAGGUUUCCUUCAUAAGGACCCUCCAUUCUGACACAACCGAAAGUGGCUUUCAGGAGAGGCCCUUUUUUUUUUUUUUUAUUGGAUCACCUUAAUAGUUUAUGUCCCAUAUAAAAUGCAACUGAUUCAAAAGUAAUAUUAAAGAAUUUAUACUUAUUUUUACUUUAAAAGCCAUGGAAGACGGUUAUGUAUCUUAAACUGUCUAGAGCAUUUUUUUAAGCACUUGUCUUGUGUAUGUGCAUAUUAUACCUUGACAGCUUUCAUUGUCUUGUCUCCUGUCAGUAGACCUUCAGUACAGUCUGGGGAAAUGUCAGUCAAAUGGUCAGCACCAGCGUCUGUCCAAAUGUUCAGUAUCUUGUGGUUCCUUUAAAGCCUGUUGUGUCCCAGACAUGGGCCUAGGUGCUGUACCUGAGGGAUGUGUUGCAGUUUUACUUACAAACACGAGAGCACACGGUAGGAAAGCCGUAGUUCCAUUAGAAUAUGACUCAUGUAUAUGGUGAGAUGUCUUGACUGUGUGCUUUGCAUAUUUUGUAAAUAUUUUGCACGUCAUUAUUUUCCUUCUCUGUUUGAGCAGUGUUUGGCCUGGAAGAGUAAUAUGCUUGCUGCCUAAAGGAUUAAAGAUUUAAAGGUG